AAUAUUUUUAUCUUUGGUGAAGAAAUAAUUUUGUCACCAAUAAAUAACUUAGUCACUAAAUAUUUUAGGGGGAAAAUAAAAAAAAUUUGGCGCCUUAAACACGCACAAUAAUUUCUCGGUUCAAACCUAUUUCUCUCACACACACACGUUAUACUCGGUUCAAAACUAUUUCCCUCACCGCCGCUGCUACCAUUGCAUCAACCCACCGCCGACAGCUCUCACCGCCGCCGUUGGUUUCUCUUACCCUUGCUGCCGAUCGUUAGCCCCUCAUUUCCUCACCGCCGUUGCUGUGCCGAUCGGAGAUCACCACCGUUAUUGUUGUGGGUCGGAAUGGGACUGAAAUGCUUACCAAUGUGUCUGGUGAAGUAACUAGUCAUUUGCAAGGGAUGUUCACUCGGACAAUUAGGCUUCUUGAAGCUGGAUUGAAGCCAGUAUAUGUUUUUUAUGGAAAGCCUCCCCAUUUGAAAAAACAAGAGCUUGCGAAACGACACUCAAAAAGAGCAGAUGCUACUGAGGACUUGAACAAGGCCUUAGUGACUGGCAAUAAGGAACAGAUUGAGAAAUUCAGUAAACGAACAGUAAAGGUGGGUUUUUGCAGAGUCCUCCCUUCCACCAUUUGCAAUGUUUUUUUUUUAUAAUCAGCUUCUAUAGUUUGUUCAUUAUUAAGGCCCCCAACAUCAUAUUACUUAGUAAGCUUGUCAUUAUUGUCAAGAGCAUUUUAAAGAUUGGGACAUUGAAGAGUAUUAGCACAUUUGUCUUUUGUUUGGUGGAUACUUUUAUAGUCAACUGCAAAAUUUGAGCUUCUCCUUUCUAUUUUGAGAAACUUGUCAGGGAUAUAGGUAGAUGCCCUUCAUUUAUGUGGGAACCUUCAACCAUGGUGGUGUAUGUAUGAUAGUUAUUUGGUCUAGUGUUCUGGUCAUAUUUGAUGAUUAGGGGUUAAAGCCUUCUUUGUUCCUUCAUGGUCUUGAGAUAAAGCUUCAAACCUAGAAUUUAACUCUUUUGUCAUCGAACAAUUGGUUAGAAGAUAAUAGGAUUUUGGUUUUUGAUACCGAACUGAAGAUAGACAAAUUAUGAAAAUUGGGAUUAAGGCUGCCUAUAAUGAGAAUUUAUUUGAAGCUUUUGAUGCUUUGUUUGAUGCCUUGUGCAACCAUACCAUGGGUAAUUUCCAAGGAUUUUUAGGUUGAACAGCCCAAAAUCCAACCCCAAAAUCCUCCCAUAUUG